GUUCACCCGGAAAACCUCUGUUGCUUGAGGGGUUAAAAAAAUUGUCGACGGUGCUGCCACUGCAAGAAUACUUCCUUUUCCAACAAACGUGCUGAUUUGUGUACAUCGCAGAUAUGCCUGCUGUUGCUAAGAAGCCCGCCGAGGGGAAGAAACUCCCCGCGGUGCCAGAAUCCAAGCUUAAAGUGGCCAAGACAAUGUCGUCCGUCAAGGAUCGUGCGUUGAAGCUGAAAUUGAUUAAGAAGUCCAAGGCGCUGUGGAGGAAGCGAGAGAAUUUCCGCCGGGCGGAGAAGUAUGCUCAGGAGUACAAGAAGAAGGAGCGGGACAUUAUUGAGCUGAAGCGUCAGGCUAAGAAGGAUGGCACCUACUAUAUUCCAGCUGAACCCACGCUGGCAUUUGUCAUUCGUAUCCGGGGCAUCAACAAAGUUGCCCCCAAAGUUCGCAAAGUCCUGCAGUUGUUCCGGCUCCGGCAGAUCAACAAUGGAGUGUUUGUGAAGCUUAACAAGGCCACCAUCAACAUGCUCCGAAUCUGCGAGCCAUACAUCGCCUGGGGCUACCCGAACCUCAAAUCCAUCCGGGAUCUCAUCUACAAGCGUGGAUUCCUGAAGAUCAAGGGACAGCGUAUCCCAAUCACGGAUAACCUCCUCAUCCAGCGCAAGCUGAAGGUGAAGCGCAACAUUCAGUGCGUGGAGGAUCUCGUGCAUGAGAUCUACACGGUGGGACCUCACUUCAAGUACGCCACCAACUUCCUCUGGCCCUUCAAGCUCAACACCCCCAACGGUGGGUGGCGCAAGAAGAACAACCACUACGUCGAGGGUGGUGACUUUGGUAACCGCGAGGACAAGAUCAACGCCCUCCUCAAGAGGAUGAUCUAAAAUUAUUCGCGAGUUUAAAUAAAAAAAAAAAAAUAAGCCUGGACAAAA